AUGUUAGUAACCGUUAUGAAAAGGUUAAAGCCAUUAUUCUUCGUCAUUUCAAGGGUAUAUUUCGCUGUUAUUCACUAUCUUUUCACUUUCAUCUAUUAUUUUUUAUCAAGAAAAGUGAUCAGCACACCACGAGAUAAACUACUCAUGAUCAGUGCCACACGAGCUGCUCAAAUGAUCCGAAAUCGAGAGAUAACAAGCCUCAACCUGGUCGAAGCUUAUAUUAGGCGCAUCAAGGAAGUGAAUGGGACAAUUAAUGCGGUUGUUCAGAUGAAUUUUAAAGAAGCAUUAAUAAAGGCUCAGGAAAUUGAUGAAAUGUUAGAAUGCCUUGACGCAGAUAGCGACAACUUCAAAAGUCUUCCUGUAAAGAAGCCAUUGCUCGGUGUGCCUUUUACCUUGAAGGAUUCCAUUGAAGUGAAUGGUUUGUAUUGCACUGUUGGAAUAUCAUAUCGGGAAAAGUCUGUAAGUAACAAAGAUGCGAUCGUUGUGCAAAGGAUGAAAGAUUCCGGUGCAAUCCUUCUCGCGGUGACUAAUGUUCCAGAGGUAUGCAUGUGGUGGGAAUCAGUGAAUGUCGUGUAUGGUCGUACCAGAAACCCGUAUGACAGUAGACGAAUAUCUGGUGGUAGUAGCGGCGGAGAAGCUGCAUUAAUUUCUGCUGCGGGUUCAGUAAUCGGAAUUGGUAGUGACAUCGCUGGUUCAAUUCGUAUGCCUUGUUAUUUUAAUGGAGUUUUCGGUCUCAAACCAACUCCAGGUGUCAUACCACUAGAAGGACAUUUACCUCAUUUGAAUGGAUAUCGUAGUGAGAAAAUGCUACUCAUUGGUCCUAUAUGUCGUUACGCGGAAGAUCUGUCUGUUCUGUUAAGGGUUUUUGCGGGAACUGAAGGCACGAAUUUGUUACAACUGGAUGCUCCGUGCAAUAUGAAAAAAAUACGCGUUUUCUAUAUGGAAGGCCUGAAGACACCUUUGGUGCAAGAUAUGAAUGACGAAGCUUUCCAAACGCUAAAGAAAGAAAAUCCACCACUCGUUCAUUACGCGCUUGAAUUUUUCUUAACAAGUAUGGAUGUUGCAGAUGCACCGAAAUUUGCUAUGCAUAUGACCGAUUUGAAAGUUAAUAUAAAUUGUUUCAUUGAAUUGUUCAAAUGGGUAUUAGGCAAAUCGGUACAUACAUUACCGGCUAUUGUUACUGGAAUUGUGGACGAACAUUUUACACCAUUCAAUGAAGAACAAAAACAAAAGCUAAGGAGUCAGCGAGAUCGGCUAAGUCGGGAGCUUAAGGAACUUCUAUCAGAUAAUGGUAUCCUAUUGUUCCCAUCGUUUCCAACUGAAGCACCUUAUCAUAACCAACCGCUGUUCACUCCAUUAAAUUUCGCUUAUACUGCUCUGUGGAAUACGUUGGCUCUUCCGGCCGUGCAGUGUCCAAUGGGUUUGAACAAUCAUGAUAUUCCACUUGGUGUACAAGCUAUCGGUGCUCCAGGAUCUGAUUCUUUGUUAGUAGCAGUGGCUCAGGAUUUGGAGAAAGGAUUUGGUGGCUGGAGACCUAUGAACACCUGA